AUGACUGACGCAUCACCUAUACCGGACUGGCUCAUGUCCUGCCGGUCUCCAGAACACCUCGUUAAUGUGCUCGACAUCCUCGCCCAGCGCGAACGCGCCCGCGCCCGCGCUCGCACCACGUCCUACAAGCGUUCUUCCAAGUCCAUCGUGGAGCGGCUGACCCAAACGCUGCCGACAGGGGAAGAAAAGGGCGAUCUGGCCGAUUACUACUCCGUCUCUGCGGGCUGCAGCAAGGAAAAUGAGGAGUACAACCGGUACAUCGACAUAGCGCCAUACGACCGCACGCGCGUGGUCGUCUCGUACGGCGCGGCGGAGACGGGGGAUGCGGCUGCAGACUCUUCUCUGUCGCAGGGAAGAUACUUGAACGCGAACUGGGUGCGCGAGCGGGCGGGGGGCAAGUGGUGGAUCGCGGCACAGGCGCCGCUGCCGCAGACGGCACAUGCGUUCCUCAGCACGAUCAUCCACACCCCCGCGCACCCCUACGCGGUGGCCCGGACGGAGAUGGGGCGGAUACGGACGGUCGUGCAGCUGACGCAGAACGUGGAGCGGGGGAUACAAAAGGCGCACACGUACUUUCCGACGGGGGACGGCCAGACGUUCACAGUCCCGCCCGAAGAGGGAUGCACCGCGCCCGCGCUCACGGUCACUCUCCUGCGGACGGUGGGCCACGCCGACGCGCAGUGCGUGCAGAGCACCGUGUCUGUCGUCCCGGAGACACUGUCGCCGUCCGCGGCGGUCGUCUUUGAGCACCUAUUGUUCUGCGCGUGGCCCGACCAAGGCGUGCCCCGUGGGGCGGACCGGGGGCGGCUCCUGCGCUUCGUCCGUCUUGUAGACGAGACGAACCGGGCGGGCGACGCGGACGCGCCGGUUCUGCUGCACUGCUCGGCGGGCGUCGGACGCACAGGCACGUUUAUCGCGCUUGCGUCGCUCUUGCGCGCACACGGGCUGCUCGCGCGCGCAUCGGCGGAGGCGGAAGGUUCGGAGAGGCAGGCCCUGCCGCGGUCUCCGUUGGGCGCGCUCCCCGAGGCGCUGCAGGAUGACCUGGUGGCACAGGAGAUCGACAUGCUGCGGGAGCAGCGGCCGGGGAUGGUGGAGAGGGCGGAGCAGGUGGCGUUUGUGUACGACAUGCUCGCUGCGGCGCUGAAGACGGAGGAUGGGGACGCAGCGUGA